AUGAGUGAUGAAUGUGACAAUGAUAAGCCAGAUUGGUUAAAUGAUUUUCAAAAUAAACAUUCCGCAGUUUCUGAAAACAAAACUCUUAUCACAAAAAAUAAUGAUAAAAUAGAUUUUGAAUUGUGCAGUUCGCCAGUGGGUGUAUCACCAAGGUAUGGACGACGAUCUUUUCCAGGAGCAUUGUCAGUUGGAAAUAGUCCUACCAAAAAGUCUCUUGCCAAAGACAAAACAACUUUAAGAAGUUAUUCGGCACGUCCCUCACUAUUAAGUACAAGAUUAUCUGGAAAGAAUUAUAGUACAAAAGACCAAAAAUAUGAAGAAGACUUAGAAAUUGUUCAAGAUAAUUUCAAACAAUUUUUUACCAGUGAAUCUCAUGUAACUACCUCUGAAAAUACUCUCGACAUCAGACAAGAAAACAUUGCAAAAUUAGAAGAUUCAUGGAAUUCGUUACAUAUAUUUAAUAUUAAACAAAAAGGAAGAUUAGGAAUAGAAACUUUAAAAAGUCAUGAUAUUUUAAAUGAUAAAGAUAAUUUUAUCUCAGUAGAUAAUAAAACAAACAACCAAAAUUUAAAUAAAAAAAAUUCUCAACUUAUCGAUAGUACCGAUCUCAAAAAUUACAAAUUAAAUAAUAGUAGGCAUUCGGAUAGCACUCAUUCAUCGAAUGUUUCAUCCGAGCACUUAGAAAGUUCCAGAAAAAAAAAUCUGUGUUCAUCUUCAAAAAAAAUUAUUAAAGACUUUAUAAUUCCUGAAUUACCAUCUGGAAAACAUUUGGUGUUUAAUAUAACAUCAACAUGGGGUGAUAAACAUUACUUGGGUUUGAACGGUAUUGAAAUUUUUAACAUUCAGGGUAAAAAAAUUCAAAUAGACUCUAUAUCUGCUGAUCCUCCAGAUAUUAAUAUACUACCAGACUAUUCGAAAGAUCCGAGAGUUGUGCAAAAUUUAAUUGAUAACGUUUAUUUAACGCAAGAUGAUAUGCACAUGUGGUUAACUCCUUUCACUCCUAAAUCUAAUCACUAUAUUUUUAUAAAUUUUAAAAAAACUGAAAAAUUAGCUUUAAUGAGAAUUUGGAAUUACAAUAAGAGUAGGAUACAUUGUUUAAGAGGGGCCAAAGAUAUGGAAAUAAAAUUAGAUAACAAUUUAAUAUUCAUUGGCGAAAUUGCAAAAGCAUCAGGUGAAAUUAUGAACAGCAUAAAUUGUUUGGGAGAAACGAUUUUAUUCACGACAAACGAAAAUAUAUUAGAAUUGAUCGCCGGCAACGAUGAUUAUUUUAAUUUCGGAGGAUUUUGCGAUUAUUUGGAUGAAGCCGAAAUAAUAUCGGAGGAAAAUCGGCCAUUGACCGGUAAAACGAAAGAAAACAUGAGGAUGAUACCGUUUAUGAAUUGUAGUAAAAAAAUCAGCAAAAGUAUUUCACAUUCGUCUCUAUUAGGUGAUUCGUUUGAAAAAGAUGAAAAUUUUAACGACGAAACUGGAAAAAAGGUGACAGACGAUAAAAAAAUUGAAUUUUUGAAUUUGUUUGAAAAAUCUCAGUUAAUAAAUAUCUAUGAUAAAAAUAAUUCGUUGGAAAAAUUAAAAUUUAGUAAGUCGUUCAAAGUAUUUAGCAGUAAAAUAGCUUGGGAUAAUUUGGGUACGUCAGAAAAUGAUUUACCCAAAAAAAUUUACGGUAGACAAAUUUCAGCUUUAGAAUUCGAUAGAGAGCCGAAAAUAACGGAUAAGGAGGGGAACGACGACAUCGAUGAUAAAAAUACGUUUUAUUUACCAUCUUUUUUCCCUCUUGCAUCUGACGUUGCCUACGAAACCCUCUACAUUCCAACCGGUUUUAAUUUUACCAUACAAAUUCAUUCGACUUGGGGAGAUCUUUACUACGUCGGACUCAACGGAUUACAAAUUUACGACGAAAAUGGAAAAAUAAUCAAAUUACUUCCUUCGAAUAUAACCGCCGAACCGGAAAGUGUUAACAUAUUAAACGGAAUUAAAAACGAUGCGAGAACUCCGGAUAAAUUAAUCGAUGGAAUCAACGAUACGACAGAUGAUCGUCACAUGUGGUUGGCACCAGUUCUUCCUCUUACAAUAAAUAAAAUAGAUUUGAAAUUUCACGAACCAGUUACACUUACAUGCAUAAAAUUAUGGAACUAUGCAAAAACUCCAAGCAGAGGAGUGAGAGAAUUCGGAGUUUUAGUCGACGGACUUUUGAUAUAUAACGGAGAAAUGGAACAAGUGAUAACAACAGCCGAUAAUAAAUUUGUUAAAGUGCCUUGCAAAACCGUCAAUUUUUCAGAGGGUGAACAAUUUUCGAAUAACAGUAAUAGUUUAAAAAUGGUGGUGGAAAAAGGUCAAACGAACGAAAAUGAAACGAAGGAUAUAGAUCAAUCUAAAAGACCAUUCACGACAAUGACUAGUCACUCGUAA